UGGGAGGGCUAGUCUUGGUGGAGGGAUCAGAGGGAUAAGUACCCGGAGUGCGGACCUGUCGCUGUGCACUGCAGGCGUCUCUAUAAUCAUCUUCCGCUCGGGUCUCGGAGCUCCGGCCUGACCCGGGCGUAGCCGAGGUCUCCGGGGAGUGGUGGGGGCGAUGGUGCAGAUGGAGACGCAGUUGCAGAGCAUUUUUGAGGAGGUGGUGAAGACAGAGAUAAUAGAAGAGGCCUUCCCUGGUAUGUUUAUGGACACCCCGGAAGAUGAAAGAACAAAACUCGUUAGCUGUUUAGGGGCCUUCAGACAGUUUUGGGGUGGCCUUUCUCAGGAAUCUCAUGAACAGUGUAUCCAGUGGAUUGUUAAAUUCAUUCAUAGCCAGCAUAGUCCUAAGCGAAUUUCCUUUCUUUAUGAUUGCUUAGCAGUGGCAGUUGAGACUGGCCUUCUUCCUCCCAGAAUGGUUUGUGAAUCCUUGAUAAACUCGGACACACUUGAAUGGGAAAGAACACAGCUUUGGGCCUUAACAUUUAAACUGGUUCGAAAAAUAAUUGGAGGAGUGGAUUACAAGGGUGUUAGAGAUCUCUUAAAAGUGAUUUUGGAGAAAAUCUUGACGAUUCCCAAUACAGUGAGUUCAGCUGUUGUACAACAGCUUCUGGCAGCAAAAGAGGUUAUAGCAUAUAUCUUGGAGAGAAAUGCUUGUUUAUUACCAGCCUAUUUUGCAGUCACAGAAAUCAGGAAACUAUAUCCUGAAGGAAAGCUUCCACACUGGUUGCUUGGAAACCUGGUCUCAGACUUUGUGGAUACCUUCAGGCCUACAGCAAGGAUAAACUCCAUUUGUGGUCGAUGUAGCCUUCUGCCAGUUGUGAAUAACUCAGGAGCCAUUUGUAAUUCAUGGAAACUGGAUCCAGCUACUCUUCGUUUUCCAUUAAAAGGCCUUUUGCCUUAUGAUAAGGAUCUGUUUGAACCACAGACUGCUUUGUUGAGAUAUGUAUUGGAGCAGCCUUAUUCCAGGGAUAUGGUCUGCAAUAUGCUAGGUUUAAAUAAGCAGACCUUGAACAUUGCUCAGCACAAGCAGCGCUGCCCUGUGCUGGAGGAUCAGUUGGUGGAUCUGGUGGUUUAUGCUAUGGAGCGAUCGGAGACUGAAGAGAAGUUUGAUGAUGGGGGAACAAGCCAACUCUUGUGGCAGCAUCUCUCCAGUCAGCUCAUUUUCUUUGUGCUUUUCCAAUUUGCCAGUUUCCCACACAUGGUCCUUUCUCUUCAUCAGAAGUUAGCUGGACGAGGACUAAUUAAAGGUAGAGAUCAUCUGAUGUGGGUUCUCCUGCAAUUCAUAUCUGGAAGUAUUCAGAAAAAUGCAUUAGCUGACUUUCUUCCUGUCAUGAAGCUUUUUGACCUGCUAUACCCAGAAAAAGAGUUCAUCCCAGUCCCUGACAUUAACAAGCCCCAGUCAACUCAUGCAUUUGCAAUGACUUGCAUUUGGAUUCACCUUAAUAGAAAAGCACAAAAUGACGACUCCAAUCUACAGAUCCCAAUACCUCAUUCCCUAAAACUUCACCAUGAGUUCCUCCAACAGAGUCUGAGAAAUAAAAGUUUACAGAUGAAUGACUAUAAGAUUGCCUUGCUAUGUAAUGCAUACUCUACAAAUUCAGAAUGCUUUACGUUACCCAUGGGAGCUCUGGUAGAAACUAUUUAUGGAAAUGGAAUUAUGAGGAUACCUCUCCCUGGUACAAGCUGUCUGGCUUCAAGCUCUAUUACUCCCUUACCAAUGAACCUUCUGGAUUCACUGACAGUUCAUGCUAAAAUGAGCCUUAUUCACAGCAUUGCAACCAGAGUAAUAAAACUUGCUCACACGAAGUCCAGUUUGGCCUUGGCUCCAGCCCUUGUGGAAACGUAUAGCCGUUUACUGGUAUAUAUGGAAAUUGAGUCUUUGGGCAUCAAAGGAUUUAUAAGUCAACUUUUGCCGACUGUUUUCAAGUCUCAUGCCUGGGGGAUCUUGCACACACUUCUUGAGAUGUUCAGUUACCGGAUGCACCAUAUUCAGCCUCAUUACAGAGUUCAGCUCUUGAGUCAUCUUCAUACUUUGGCUGCAGUUGCACAAACAAACCAGAAUCAGCUCCAUCUGUGUGUUGAAAGCACUGCUCUCAGGCUUAUAACAGCAUUAGGUAGCUCAGAGGUACAGCCACAGUUUACACGCUUCCUUAGUGAUCCCAAAACAGUGCUAUCAGCUGAAUCUGAAGAACUGAACCGAGCCUUGAUUUUGACGUUAGCUAGAGCAACUCACGUGACAGAUUUUUUUACAGGCUCUGACUCAAUUCAGGGAACUUGGUGUAAAGACAUACUUCAGACCAUCAUGAGUUUUACUCCUCAUAAUUGGGCUUCUCACACUCUUAGCUGUUUUCCAGGCCCUCUGCAGGCAUUCUUCAAACAAAAUAAUGUACCUCAGGAAAGCCGCUUUAAUCUGAAAAAAAAUGUAGAGGAGGAGUAUAGGAAGUGGAAAUCAAUGACCAUUGAAAAUGAUAUCAUUACGCACUUUUCUACGCAAGGCUCUCCUCCUCUCUUCCUGUGUCUUCUCUGGAAAAUGCUCUUAGAAACAGAUCACAUUAAUCAGAUUGGAUAUAGAGUAUUGGAAAGAAUUGGAGCAAGAGCAUUGGUAGCCCAUGUGAGAACAUUUGCAGAUUUCCUGGUAUAUGAGUUCUCAACUUCAGCUGGAGGUCAGCAACUCAACAAAUGCAUUGAAAUUCUUAAUGACAUGGUAUGGAAGUAUAACAUUGUUACAUUGGACAGAUUGAUUCUCUGCCUGGCCAUGCGUAGCCAUGAAGGAAAUGAAGCACAGGUUUGCUACUUCAUAAUUCAGUUGCUAUUACUCAAACCAAAUGACUUCAGAAAUCGAGUGAGUGACUUUGUGAAGGAAAAUUCCCCAGAACACUGGCUACAGAAUGACUGGCACACCAAGCACAUGAAUUAUCACAAGAAAUAUCCAGAGAAACUUUAUUUUGAGGGCCUCGCAGAGCAGGUUGAUCCUCCUGUACAGAUUCAGUCCCCUUACCUCCCCAUCUAUUUUGGAAAUGUGUGCCUCCGAUUUCUUCCAGUAUUUGAUAUUGUAAUCCAUAGAUUUUUGGAGUUGAAUCCAGUAUCUAAGUCACUGGAAACUCUGCUGGAUCAUCUAGGAGGCUUAUAUAAGUUUCAUGAUCGCCCUGUGACUUAUUUGUACAAUACACUGCACUAUUAUGAAAUGCAACUAAGAGAACGUGAUUUUCUCAAACGUAAGCUUGUCCAUGCAAUUAUUGGCUCACUGAAGGAUAAUCGGCCACAGGGUUGGUGUCUAAGUGACACUUACUUAAAGUGCGCUAUGAAUGCAAGAGAAGAUAAUCCUUGGAUCCCAGAGGACUCCUAUUACUGCAGAUUGAUCGGCCGACUAGUAGAUACAAUUGCUGGCAAAUCUCCUAGUCCAUUCCCAAAUUGUGACUGGAGAUUCAAUGAGUUCCCCAACCCAGCUGCCCAUGCACUGCAUGUUACCUGUGUGGAGCUCAUGGCCUUGUCUGUUUCAGGGAAGGAUGUUGGGAAUGCUCUUCUAAAUGUCGUCCUGAAAAGUCAGCCUUUAGUGCCAAGAGAAAAUAUCACAGCAUGGAUGAAUGCAAUUGGAUUGAUCAUCACUGCCUUACCAGAGCCAUAUUGGAUUGUUCUUCACGAUCGAAUUGUGAGUGUUAUAAACAGUCGCAGCUUGACAUCUGAGACAGAAUGGGUUGGCUAUCCAUUCCGCCUUUUUGAUUUUACGGCAUGUCAUCAAUCAUACUCUGAAAUGAGCUGUAGUUAUACGUUAGCUCUGGCACAUGCUGUGUGGCACCAUUCUAGCAUUGGACAACUUUCUCUCAUUCCCAAGUUUCUCACAGAAGUGCUUCUUCCUAUAGUGAAGACAGAAUUCCAAUUGCUUUAUGUAUAUCAUCUUGUGGGACCAUUUUUACAAAGAUUUCAGCAAGAAAGAACUCGAUGCAUGAUAGAGAUCGGUGUGGCAUUUUAUGACAUGCUACUGAAUGUAGACCAGUGUAGCACCCACUUAAACUACAUGGAUCCCAUCUGUGACUUCCUGUAUCAUAUGAAGUAUAUGUUUACCGGUGACAGCGUAAAAGAGCAAGUAGAGAAGAUUAUCUGUAAUUUAAAACCAGCUUUGAAACUACGUCUUCGAUUCAUCACUCAUAUUAGCAAGAUGGAACCAGCAGCAGUGCCUCCACAAACCAUAAAUAGUGGGUCUCCAGCACCUCAGUCUAGUCAGGUGCCAGUGGCUUUACCAGUCACUCAGUGAAGUCAGGAUUUGCUGUCGUGACAGUAGAAGUACAUUCAGCUCGGAAAGUUAACUCGGUUAAAUCUGAACAUCAUCUAUACUGAAGGACGAUAAAUAGAGGCAGUAAUGUUCAGAUUGCUUUAUUUUGAUUCAAAUAGUGAAUCUAUUGAUACUUUUAAAAUCCCAUCUCCCUCUUACAUAUAUAUUUGUCUCUAAGAGAUCAAGUAAGUUACAUGUUCUUAUUCAUAACCACUUAUUACAGCUACUGAGAAAGUGAAACACAUAUAUGAUCAAAUGACUUCCACGAGACUCUCAAUCUUUCCUAUGCUAGCCUCUGAUUUUUAUUAUUGACAGACUCCAUUUUCAAAUAAUUUUUAAAAUACUUUUCCCUUUAUUGGGGUAUUAAUGUUUUACAGUCACCAGUAAAUAAUAAUAAUAGUUUGUUUUAAAAGCAUUGUACAUGUAAAAUAGUUAUUAGACAUUUAUCUCUCUCUUUUGCUGUGAGAUAGGAGGUUUUUUGUUGUUUUGUUUUUUGUCAAGGACUCCAGAUAAAACAGAGGAGCAAAUGCAGUUGUAUCUAUUUUUAAAUAGCUUUAAAAACCUUCUAGAUUCUAAGUUAGUGGACUACUGCUGCUAUCAAGAUAGCUUGACAAGUUUUUGCCUUUCCUGUGGUCAUGAAUUUAAUGCAUAAAAUGAGUUGAGAGCCACAUAUUAAAGUAACAUCCGAAAUACAUAAAUUUAAUAAAAUUAUGUUUAAAUAGUGAUUCUCCCAUCCUUAUUUUUAAAUGUUAAUAAUUGAUUUUCCUGACUGAUACUCUCACUUGGAAAGAGCUGUGUUCUCUGAAUUUUUGUAAUCUUAAAGCUUUAUAUAUUUAUAUUUUUAUAUGUAGUAUACAUUUGGCUUAUUUGGGGCUUAGUAGAUUUUUGAGAGAUAAACUGUUAAUUUAUUGGGGAGGGAAACAGCAUUAAGAUUGUAAAAGACUCAAAAAAUGAGUAAAAUAUCUUGAAUAAAUACAUUCUUCUUAGACUUU